AUGCAAAUAUCACAUGUCUUUCGUCUGCACUCAUGCCAACACUGUGACCCCUGUCCGUGUCCUGUCAACGAGCCCCCUCCUUGCACUCCGUCUGGUACGAAUGUGGCAACCGCAGUGCAGUGUGCGUACGUCUCGUUGUCAGAAGAUGGACUAACGUUUCAUAAAGCCGGUGAUGAAUGCAAAACAACAACUCAGUUCUUGUUUUGCAUGCAUCACCAGGCUAUGAAGACCUUCAUGGCUCCUCCACUUUUUGUCAUGACGAUGGCGCUCCCGCCAAAACUUUCGCACUUUCUUUUGUACUCAUUAUAA